AAUAAGAGUUAUGCGGUCGGCAGCCAUCUUGACUGAAAUGAACCCCGAAGUAAAAACCAGAGAAAAAGAGACCUCGAAAAUUGUUUGAAAGCUCACUUGAACACUCCUAAAAUCCCAUGUUACUGAGCUAGCCACCUCGCUGAGGCUGGAGUAACAAAAUGGGCGAUAAAAGGAAACUACAAGGUGAAAUAGAAAGGUGCUUGAAGAAGGUACAGGAAGGAGUAGAAACCUUCGAGGACAUCUGGCAAAAGGUACAUGAACAUGUCCAUAAUGCAACCAACAGUAACCAGAAGGAAAAGUAUGAGGCGGAUCUCAAGAAAGAGAUCAAGAAACUUCAGCGGCUGCGAGAUCAGAUCAAAACGUGGGCUGCCUCCAACGAAAUCAAAGACAAGAGGACACUGCUUGAAAACAGGAAACUCAUAGAGACGCAAAUGGAGAGAUUCAAAGUUGUGGAGAGGGAGACGAAAACGAAGGCGUACUCAAAGGAAGGCCUGGGCCUGGCCACCAAGAUUGACCCGAUCCAGAAGGAGAAGGACGACAUCACCAUGUGGCUGGCGCACUGCAUCGAGUCGCUCAACAUCCAGGUGGACCAGUUUGAGAGCGAACUGGAGAACAUACUGUCCAGCUCCAAGAAGAGGAAGGUCCCCGCAGAUAAGCAAGACAGAGUAGAAGAGCUGCAGAGUUGGGUAGAAAAGAACAGGUUUCACAUCAACAAGCUGGAGACGUUAAUGAGAAUGCUGGACAACAGCACGAUAGAGGUUGACCAGAUCAAAAAAAUCAAGGAUGACGUUGAGUAUUACAUCGACUCAUCGCAGGAGCCAGAUUUUGAGGAGAACGAGUUCAUCUAUGAUGACUUAGAUAUCGACGAGGAAUCGUUAAGUAAUGCUUUACUUACUGAAUCACCAGACGACGAUGUGAUGACCAAUACCUCGGGGGAUACGCCCAUUAGUAGCUCGCCCACGCUACUCCCCAGCCCCAGCUCAAACCAUUCCAAAGACAAGAACGACGAGGACAAGAAGAGAACGAGGUCCACGGACAGUGAGUCAUCGUCAUCGCCAAGGAAAGCGGGCAAAAGUGCAACGUCAUCGUCAUCGUCGUCGAAUCGGCCGACAAUCGUCCGAGCGGCGUCAACGCCCAGCACCACUCUUGUCAACUCGCUGCCGUCGACGGGGAUGUCGAUAAACCAAUCCAACACGAACAAGAGCAGUCUCAGUAAAGCCAACAGCGUACCGGUGCCCUCAACACAACAUGCAAUAGCACAACCACCGUCAGGGCCUGCCUAUGCGGUAGCAGCAGGGGCACAACACAAUUCCAGCAGCAGCUCACAAGGUUCAACAGGGCAAGUAAGAGUUAUUCAGCCGCAGAUCGGCCGACUAGUCCACUCACCGCCGCCCACGCAGGUACACAUCGACAACACGCAGCAGCCAAGACCGGACCUCAACGGGCCCCAUACAGGUACAUUCAACUUGUCAAGUAUGGAAAACUCCAUCGACCACAUAUCCAAAACCGUCGUCUCCAAGAACAGUAUCCCAAGCCAACCCACUCCAGCGCCGGCGCCCACCACCACGCCACCAUCAACGGCGCCCACGCCUGCCCAAGUCACACAACAGCAGCAGCAACAACGACAACAACAACAACAACAACAACAACAACAACAACAACAGCAACAACAACAGCAGCAGCAGCAGCAGCAGCAACAACAGCAGCAGCAGCAGCAACAACAACAACAGCAGCAACAACAACAACAACAACAGCAACAACAACAACAACAACAACAACAACAGCAGCAACAACAACAACAACAACAACAACAACAACAACAGCAGCAACAGCAGCAGCAACAACAACAACAACAACAACAACAGCAGCAGCAGCAACAGAAGACAUUGCCAACACCAGUCCCCGAGCCAGUGGAGAGAGUGCCGACGUCGCAACCAGCACCAGUCAUGCCAACUCCGAAGCCAUCAGAACCGGUCAUGACAAACGGGCCCAUCAGUCCAAAAACGAAAGAGGUGUCUCAGUGUGAACUAGUCACCAUGUCUCACUAUUCCUCAAUGGCCCCACGGCUCUUACCUUCGGCCGGGGUCUCUCAUGAAACGAAUGAUGUCACGGAAGUAGAGAAGGAGUUCAAGGAUUACACGGUGGAAAACAGAGCAAUAUACGAAAGUACUUCUCAGACGGACACCAGCUCACCCCCAAUGCAAGAGGCCAUCAUCCCGCCGUCGCUGGGCGUAGCGCCCUUGGGCCCGGCAAUCAUGUCCAAGGAUCAGCUGUACCAACAGACCAUGAUGGAAGCCGCGUUUCACCAUCUGCCUCACCCGUCAGACUCGGAAAGAUUACGGAACUACCUUCCACGGAACCAGUGUCCUACACCCCUGUAUCACUGUCAGGUCAUGCCUGCCCAGAUGGACUCGUUAGAUUUCUUCCAGAGGUUGUCAACGGAGUCGCUCUUCUUCAUCUUCUAUUACCAAGAGGGAACUAAAGCCCAGUACCUUGCUGCAAAAGCUCUGAAGAGGCAAUCGUGGAGAUUCCACACCAAGUACAUGAUGUGGUUCCAACGGCACGAGGAACCCAAGACAAUCACGGAUGAGUACGAACUGGGAACAUACAUCUACUUUGAUUAUGAAAAGUGGAGCCAACGGAAGAAGGAGGGAUUCACGUUUGAGUACCGAUACUUAGAAGACAGGGAGUUAUAGCAGGGCAAGAGUCCCACAACACACCCCAGGACAAACACCCUUACACAGCGGUGACCGAUGGGUCAUCAUGUGACUAUGUACAGUAAGCGAUCAGAUCUCCGAAUGUAGGUACAUUUUAUCUUGGCAUAAUUUUACAAAAAAAAACUUACCAGUUUUUUUUUUCUAAGAAAAAAACGAAAAUUUAAAUAACAAAAAAGUUUUAAGCAGGAAGGUGUUUUUUGCCCGAUACCGUUGUAAAAAAAUUAAAAGACAGAAGGAGAGAAGAACUAAUGAGGUCAAUCAUGGCGAUGAUCAUAAUUGUUACUGAUAAACAAAAGAAAUUUACACGAGAAAGAAGUUCAUUUUAAAUUAUAAUUGACCAUAGAGUUUUGUUAACGUUCUACACUGUUGCCUUUUGUUUUUGCAAAAAAAAAAUUGAUAAAAAAUCUGAGAAAUGAGUGAGUCUACUUCUGCUUACACUUGACGGACAAAUGGUCAAAGACCAGUUUGGCAAUGGGUUGGACUUCAAGAUACUGGCUAUUUCCUAUGUCUCCCAUCGCAUCAAAUCUUUAAUUAUCGACACCACUGUUUAACCAUUCUUAUAGCUGAUCUGUGCCAAGUACAUCUCAUGUUGGAAACAUUGCUGAACUUUUAUAUUCAGAAGGCAGGUGCAACAAAUUUCAAUCCUAGUUUGUCCUCUUCCAAGAACUCAAAAGGAAGUCAGUGACAUCUUUAAACCCUAACCUUCCCCAACCCAUCAAACUCCAACAGUUUUGUUGGAAUCUGUCAGGAUGGGUACAGAAACUGACAGUCUUUUACAUUGGGUUGGGCACACCUCCAGAAUCAAAAGUCGAAAAUAUGUGUGCGCAGUUUCCCAUAUGGUGUUGGAAUUCGCCAGGAUGGGUAUGGUUUCUAGUAAAUUAUGGGUUAAUUUGUGCUCGGCUGAUACCACAAUUCCCAGAGAUUGGAAAAGAUCUGAGUGGGGUUCAAUUAAAAAAGUUGUCAUACAUGUCCUUGGAAAUUCAGGCUUCCACUGUAGUAUGCCCUCUGUUGACGGAAUUUAUCGCAAUCUGUGUGUGAGUCCGCCAUUGAAAAGGGCCCGACUAAUAAAAAAAAAAAAGUAGUUACUCAGUGCUGCAAUCAUUCAACUUCGGAUCAGUAUUCAUUCAUACAUUUUUGGUCUUUUUUUUUUAGGUCAGAAGUUCCCAAAUACUGUAUCUUUUAACAUUAUAUUUCUAUGGUUUGUAAAUUAUUGUUGAUAAGAUUUUUUGCCCUAUUUGUCAAACUGUGUAUAGUCUGUACAGCAGUUCGGUUUUGUUCUUUUUGUUAAAUACUUUUUAUGAUGAAUGUAAUGUUUCCACAUAAAGUCAGGGGACAACUUUUUUUUUUGGUUUAAUUUCUAUUUUUUGAAAGCAUGGUCUGAAAUUUGUUUGGGAACUUCACUAUUGAAAUAUGCAGUCAAGCUUAAUUUCUUAAAUGAACAGCAACCACAGUUAUUAGUUUGAUAUCAUUGUGUGAAAGAUAAUACCUGUAGCGCAUCAGUCCAAAUGGCAAAGGUUAUUCCUGUACUCCUACCGUAAUCCCAUGGUUUGACUACAUUCCAGAUAAAGAACAUUAAAUGUACCAUGGCUUGGGUCCAUUCAGCAAUAUCGUACAGCAUAAUGAAAGUAAACGUUCUGAAACUAAUGUAAAUGUUAGUUUCAUUUCUCUUGGUUCUGCAUAGUUUCUGGGGGGAGGGGAGGCAGGCCUGAAAGAAUUCAAUAACACUAAGAUUUAGUCCUCAGUGUUUCACCAGCCAAGCCUGAGGUCUCAAUUCAAACGUUUAAAGGUACAUAGGAUCAUUUGCUUUUCUUGUGUUUUUUGUUUUAUUUGAAGUCACAAAAAAUUAAGAAGAGUCCAUAACAACUAACCUGUUGAACCUUGUGCUCCGUGGAUAUUUUAGAUUUUGAGAAAGCAGAAAACCUAUGGACUAUUUUUGGGUGUGUCGUUACUGGAUUCGGUUGCAACCACACAUUGAGACCACAUUCAAUGAUAGUUUUCUUCCAUACGAUACCAUUUUAGGCAGAGUAAUUUCGCAGGUUAAUUUAUACCAGUCCCGUCUUCACAUUUAGAAAGUUGUGUUUAUAAAAUCGACAGUUACUUCUCCGUGUAAUUGCAAAUGAUCCUACAUGCCGUUAAAGUAGAGACUUUCUCCAACAUUCUGCACAGGAGAGCGAAACCAAGCGAUUUAAUGUUAAGCCUAACACCAAAUUGGUCCCACUUAAAACCCCCAAAAUGGAUUACAUUUAGUAGUCUGGUGGCAUGAGUGUGGGCAGAUUGUGCUGAAAGAGAGUCCAGCUACCAAAUGUUUGCUCUCGAUACCCUUUGCUCAUGCAUGUCUGUGAAAGUAUUGGACUCAUGACCGUGAAAGUAUUGGACUGGUCGUGUUAGUGCAUGUUUCACUUUCAUUAAGUUCUAAGACUCUCGGUACACUGUUGAGAGUUCUAAAUUUUAAGACAAAUGUACAUUUUCUGCUUUGGACAGACACCAGUAAUUCCCAAUAGACCUGCGGGUGUCUCAAAGGUUGGUCUUCAUUAUUUAAUCUAAUCUAAUAACAAUACAUGUACACGUACAAAAGGUCUAGAGUUACCCAUGCCUAUCUGAGCGAUACAAAACCAUUUUGACUCUACCUUUACGCUUAAGGUCCAUACAACUUUGGUACUGAAGCAUUCCACACACACCCAGCAGAGUGCAGGCUUUCUUAUACUAACUUUAUUAUCUGACAUGCCCUAAAUUUAUAGUGCAAAGAGUUUGUACUUGCCAGUAAAUUACCAAACGGAGACCUGUAAUUUUAUAUGGUGCUAUGUGUUUAUGCAAGUGUACAUGUUCUUGGCUGCCACUAACAUAAGCAGUCCUACCAGGAUUGUGUUGAUGAUCUUUGGCAAAAAUUGGAUUCCAGUAACACGAAUAUGUACUGCGUAAUUUCCUAACCAGAUUUUUUUUUUUAAUUUGAAAACCCUCAUACCCAAAGAAGUAUAAGUCUGAAUUAUGGUUUUUGUAUUAAGAAGGGUAAUGUGACGCAGUCUUACAACAUAAACACAGUUUUGGGAUUGAGUUUUCACUGGGCUGAUUUUUUUCAGCUGUGGAGGUGAAUAAGGACUCUGUGAAAAGUACAUGUAAACUACCUAAUCAAAACAUGACAUUUUAAGAUUCGUUGGACACUGCACAGUGCCUUGCAACAGAGCACGUUGGGAAGUCAUCGGGGCCCACCUGUACCUUAUGGUAACUCACUGAAUUUUGCGAUAGGGUAAUUUUGAGAAGUUUUAGGGGAAUGGAUUUCCCCGAUAGUGCUCACUUUUUUGCAAUAGUUACCAAACACAUUAAGGCCUCUUGACUGACCUGAAACAGCAGUGGAACCAAAAAGGCCAGUGUCGGUAACGUAAAUGUGCUGCUUCUCCUCUGAAUAAUGUGGACUUUUGUUGUGGAAUGUUGUGGAAUGAGCCAGUUAGUUCACAUUCCUCAUUCAAUUUUUUUUUUAUCUUUGCGAUAACUGUGACUUCCAAAGCAAUGGGGAAAAGAAAAUCUAAACUACUUAAUGUAAAUGCAUUUCCCUGUAAUAACUCUAAUUUUGAUAAGUACAUUUUUAUGCUUCAAUUUAAUUUGUAAAAAAAAAGACUUCUUCUCACCUCACUGCAUAUGUCAAGGGCAUCACUUAAAAGUGAAAUCUUGAAUGGGUCAUAUAAUUUUAUUUUAUCAUUUUUUUUUAUUUUACGGCUGACACAUUUGUUGACAUUCACUCACCAAGGUUCAUAUGUAUAAGUUGUUCACAUGUUGGUCUCUAUUGAUUAUUUAUUGUACGCCAUUGUCUUUGAAUGAUUGCAGCACUCUGAAGUUAUACAACUUGAGAACACUAGCAUUCUUAAGGGAAUCUCAGAUAAGAGCUGGGACCAAUUUUAAAUGUUGUAUUGACAGGACCGUUUGGAAAGUCUGUUGACGGGUUUGUCAUCGUAACACACUUCACUUCGUCUCCUUGCAAGGAAAACAUUGAGUUGGUUGUUUGUAUAAAUGUUUUCUAUUCUUUGUGAUUCAGGGAGACCCAAACAUCAUGAAAAAAAGCCGUGGAUUUCUAAUAGAGCUAUAAAAACCAGAACAUAUCCCCGGUACAUUGUAAAAGUUCUAUGAAAUUUGGUAUGAACAGAAACUCCCCCGGAAUGUGGAAUUUGCAAAUUUAGCGAAUUGAAAGUCCUGGACCACUUCCUUUCGCAAUCUGUUUGUCAGUAAUUAAAUAUAUAUCUAUAACAUGCAGGCCACACUGCAUUCAGCAAUCCAUGGCCUUUUGAAUCUAUUAUGCAAGAUUCUUUUCCAACUUUAAUCAAACUCGCCAUCUCCAAUACUCUUUGCUGAUAGCCCAUGGUCUGACUUCGGAUUGAUGACCAUGCCAUCUACCCCAAAUCCCCCUCAAAAUCUCUCGAUUGGAAGCCAAUGAUAAUUCUGAAGGAAUUAAUUCACUUUUUAAACUUCUUAUGGAAAGUGAAAUAUUAUUUACUUCAAAUACAGACAAUCUUUCACAGCAGAAUUUGCAAAUGGCCAUUACAUAAUGCAGGGAGCUUAGGUUAUAGUAAGUGAACACAUGCCAAUAUUACAUGUAUGUUUAAUUUUUGAAAAGUGCCUGGGAUCCAGACAACUCACCCGCCUUGCUUUUGUUAUUAAAAAAAGCAUGGAGCCAAACUCUCUGAUUUCUUAACAGAGGCUGCUUGAACUGUAACUUGGUUAAUAAACAUGAACCUCUUUUAUUCUAUGAUCCGAUGUUCCAAUUCUGCUCUGUAAGCUUCAAGAGUCAGAAUAUACAAUGUUCUUGGUUGAGAGUUUAACUCGGAAGUUGCAGAAACACCAAUGUGAAGUGGGAUAUCUCUGAUAGAGAGGUGGUUUACAUCCCGAUGAUGGUCUGAGUCUACUAGAGCAGAUUUGAGCGAGGACUGUGGUUAACCAUAGAUGGACUAGCUACACUCGAACGCAGGAUGGUUGGACUACCUUAGUCGACUAUUUGGAACCAGAGCCCAGAGUCACUUUCCUGGAUGAAGUGUUGAGUUGACAUCUGUUGAGUAAACAUCUGUGGUUCAUCUCAGUACCACCUCUCUUUUCAGGGAUAAGCAUUUCAGAUGGUGUAGCUCUUGACAGCAGACAAUCCCUGGAGAUGCAAACCCUUCAGUCUGGCGCAAGUAGAGUUUUGAUAACUUGUAACACACUUACACAGGCUUGAUGAGAGCAGCUGCCAGUGUCCUUAGUUUGCAUUUUUCUGGCUUAGAUUGCAAGCAGCAGCAGAGUUGGAGCAUCUUUGCUUUAGGAUGGUUGUUGGUACUUUUCUCAUUCUCAUAGACGGGUCGUCAUUAUUCUCACUGGUUGCAGAUACAUGUAGUGCUGCCAAGACAUUUACUCAGUUACACAAAGAUCUGGUAAACACGUUACAGAACCUGUGUGUUAAGUACAUUUGCUUUCUUCUUCCACGUCUUACCCUAGCCAAAUCUGAUUGAAGCACCUCACGCAUUGAAACUUAGUUCGUUAGACAGGUGCACUGUUUCCUAUCUUCAUAUUGACUGAUAGCACAGGACACAUGGUACUAGUCUCAAGUCCUAGCCAGAAGCAGCAACCAUUUGAAAUGGCUUCAGUUUUGACUCUGGCUUCGACUUGGGACUGGCACCCAGACAAUGUUAUGUUCUCAUGGAAUGAGACAUUGCAAUUACUAGGCACCUGCCUGAGAAACCGAGCCAUAGCCUGAGCUGCUUCUUUCAGAAUGGUCCCACAUUAUGAAGAAGGUGUCUGCAUUCAGCGGUGCGAAGGGUUUUUAAAAUGCAUCUCUGACUGCCAACUUUUUUGUUUAAUAUAUUGGUAACUUGUGCAAAUGGAGGACUGUUGGUUCCCCCUAGAGGAUAUUAAAACAGUCACUGAUAUUCGCAGAAAAAAA